UGAUAUUCCAUGGUAUACCACGAGAGGGCGUUGCAUAACUAAUAUAUGUAUGAUCAUCUCUGUUACAGAUAUCUGCGUAAGACCAAAGGUGUUCAGAAGAUAGUGAAGAUAGCGACAGAUCAGAACAAACAAUACUCGCCUCGAGUCAUAAAAAUAGCUAACCAGGUCUUGAACAACCUCUGGAACCAUAGUCAACUACAGCAACAAAUAAAGAACGAAGGAUGGCGGCCCGAUCCUAACAGAAACGCCGAACUAGCUCGAGCGCCGAUGGAUUACGAAGCUACUUCUCUCCCUCGAACACCCGACGAACGGAACCGCAGAGAUCCGAACAGUAGCCGGUUGGAGAGCGACGACGAUCAGUGGACUGGGAACUACCGAAUUCACGAAUUUNAGGUAGUGAUCAGAGCGGGACUCGAACCCGGGACCGCUGGAUUGCGAGUCCGACGCACUGACCACUCGGCUACGCUGCCUCCAGAUACCGACCCUUGUAAAUACCGACCGUAA